AUGACUCAGUCUGCACAGCGCAAGAGAACCAGUUUAAUCAGCGACUAUGAACAAAUGCAUAAUGCCAACAUUGCAGAUAAUAAACUUGUGUUAGCACGGCUUUUAGCUGAAUUCCGAACAGAAGUCCCCGUUGAAGAGAAACGUCCCCGCAAAAUCCGUAAAUUUUUAGAUAAAAAUGACGAUACGUUUGUACGCCGCAAUCCAACUCGUAGCAGCCGAAGUUCUUAUGGGUUGACCUCCUUGCCACCAGCCACUCGAUCCCGGCGGGGUUCUGUAUCAUCCACCGUUUCCUCCUCUUCUUCCUUGUCUUCCGCAUCACCUGCUGUUUCACCUGAAAAACUUUUCAUUCGAUUCCCAUUUUUCAAAAAACCCACCAGCUCAGAUACUGACUCUAUAGACUACAUUGAUGACUCAGCAGAUUCUGCUGAACACUGUCUUCCGGACAAUCGUAGAAUGGCCAGGGUUCCCUCCCAAAACAAAUCCGCUGAAGAAAUUACAGAAGAAGAUUUGGCGUUAGUUGCUCAUUUUGUCAGUGAGAAAAAAUAUGACAGUUAUUGUGGUACUACAUGUCACCAGUGUCGACAAAAGACAUCAGAUAUGAAGACCAUAUGUCGGUCAGAAGCUUGUUUUGGAGUAAGAGGCCAGUUUUGUGGUCCUUGUUUGAGAAAUCGAUAUGGAGAAGAUGCUACUACUGCCUUAAAGAAUCCAAAUUGGGUAUGUCCUCCCUGUCGGGGAAUUUGCAACUGCAGCUUUUAA